UGUCAUUAAGUGUCUGAUCCUGGCAUUAAACAGCAGCAGCAGCACUAGAAAGUUGGUCACUUAGAACCAACCCUAUCAUUAGGAGAUAGUGGAUGGUCUCUUGUUCCCUGCUCCUUUUCUUUUCUUUUUUUUAUUUGAGGAAAUCACAAACGUCCCAGAGAAAAACAAAACAAAGCAAAGAUCUCCGUAGUCAACAAGUUCACAAAUCCGAAGAUUUUCGUCUCCAUAUCUCAUUUACAUUCGCUCUGUUUCGUUCUGUUAUAGUUUUUUUCCUUUUCUUUUGGGUUUGCCGCCCUGCUUCAUUUUGCGACAAUCACCUGUUGUGACAGUAUAUAAAACAAUGGAGACAUCGCGUGAGCAAUAUGUUGAUAGAGAUGAAUGGCCACUGCCUGAUUCCACAGCAGCAACCGGAAUUAUAAUAACUACCGUGUCAUUUUUAUUUUUCCAAAUUGCAGCUUUCAUUGUGGACCGCUGCUUAAAGACAUCAUCAUCUUUUCUUAACAACCCAAAACUGCACUGGCGAUGGAAAAAUGUGUUUAUUUCGUUGACCCACGCCGCUAUCGUUUCUGUUUGCUGUUUAAUAUGUUUCUGUUUAACUCCAAAGCUUACAGCAGAUAUGAUCUCAACACACACCCCUUUAUCGCAUGGCACAGUGGCAUUAUCUGCAGGUUACUUCCUCCAUGAUAUUGUAGAUAUGGUCGUAAAUGACUGGUCCCGAAAAUCUUUAGAGCUUUUAAUCCAUCAUGUUGUGAUUCUAAUUGCUUUCUCAUUCCCUGUUCUAACAUACAAAAGCGUCGGCUACAUGCUUGUGGCGCUUCUAGUUGAGAUCAACUCCAUCUUUCUUCACUUCCGCCAGUUACUGACGAUACAUAAAGUUGAUAAGAAAUCAUCAUUAUACAGACUUACCAGCCUUCUUAAUUUAGGUACGUUCAUCAUAUUCCGUAUCGCAGCGCUGUGCUGGAUGACUCGGUGGAUUGUCAUCAACAAAGCCCAAGUGCCAUUCUUCUUUUAUGUACUUGCAAACAUCGGCCUAACCACAACCACCGUGAUGAACAUUAUCCUCUUCUAUCGUUGUCUCAAAAGUGAUUUUAUUUGCCAUGCCAAUACAUCCACCACAAAUGUGAAGCUCGAAUAGAGAUGCAGCUUCUUGCACAAAAAUGAUGAUAUAUUGUUGUUGCUAACAUUAUCAUCAUCAUCAUCAUCAUCAUCAUUAUUAUUAUUAUUAUUCCACCAAGGCCGAUUUUGCCUUUCAUCCUUUCGGGGUCGAUAAAAUAAGUACCAGUCGAGCACUGGGGGCAAUGUAAUCGACUUAGCUCCUCCCCUGAAAUUGCUGGCCUUGUGCCAAAAUUUGAAACCAAUAUCAUCAUCAUCAUAACCUUUAUUAUUAUUAUUAUUAUUAUUAUUAUUAUCUGCAAUUUGGCAGAAUUGUUACUGCACCAGAAAAAAAAAGAAACUUGCUUAACACUCUGAUUUCAAACCCUGCCAACAUCAGUUUGCCUUUUACCCUUUCAGGGUCUAUGAAAUAAGUAAUAGUUGAGCACCAGGCCCUGUCUAAUUGACUUACUUCUCCCCUCAAAAUUACAGGCCUUGUGUCAAAGUUAGAAAGAAUUAUUAUUACCCUUCAGGGCUGAUAAAAUAAGGUACCAGUCAUAUACUGGGGUUCGUGGUAUCAACUAUUCCUUCCAUUCCUGAAAAUUGCCGGUAUUGUACCGAAAUAAGAAACCUUUAUCAUUAUUAUUAAGUUGGUAGAAUCAUUGGUAACAAGCUGGUAGAAUCAUUAGCAAGUUCGACAAAAUGCUUCGUUGGCGUUUCUUCUGACUCUUUAUGUUCUGGGUUCCAAUUCCACCGAGAUCAACAUUGUCUUUCAUCCUUUUAGGGUCAUUGUAAUCAACUUGCCUGCAGCUCAACAUUUCUGGCCUCAUGCAAAAAUUAGAAAAAAUUACUAUUAUUAUUUUUAUUAUUAUUAUUAUUAUUAUUAGGCAAUGAGCUGGCACAAUCGUUAGCAUGUCGGCCGAAAUGCUUAGCGGUAUUUCGUCUGCCGCUACGUUCUGAGUUCAAUUUCCACCAAGGUCGACUUUGCCUUUCAUCCUUUCGGGGUUGAUAAAUUAAGUACCAUUUACGCACUGGGGUCGAUGUAAUCAACUUAAUCCCAUUAUUUGUCCCCUCUAUGUUUAGCCCCCUGUGGGCAAUAAAAAAUAAAUUAUUAUUAUUAUUAUUAUUAUUAUUAUUAUUAAGGCAGUGGGCUAGCAGAAUAGUUAUCAGGCCAGGUGAAAUGCUUAGUGGUAUUUCAUCUGUCUUUAUGUUCUGAGUUCAAAUUCUACCGAGGUCAACUUUGUCUUUCAUCCUUUCAGGAUGAAACUAAUUACCAGUGUAAUCGACUAGGCCCCUCCCCACCCCCAAAUUUCUGGCCUUGUGCCUUUAGUAGAAAGGAUUAUUGUUAUUAUUAUUAUUAUUAUCAUUAUUAUUAUUUUCAAAUUCUUUGCUUUUCAUCUUUUUGGGAUCAAUAAAAUAAGUACCAACUGA